AACGAAUCAGUUUACAUUUAAAUAAGAUUCAAUAAAAAGCAGAACAAGUCGCCCAGUUUUGUGUAUAUGGUAUCUUUAUGAGCAAUAACUAAAUUAGUCAAAAUUAAGUGGAUUGAAGAUGGCAACAUCAUUAACAACAACACAAGAUGACAGAGAUACCCUUUAGACACGUGGCUGGAAUUGCAAGUAAUGACAAUGAAGGACAGACAGAAUGUGAUACUGGACUAAACAAGAACCCCAUUAGAACAAUAGAUACACACGAAGUAGAAAAAACACAUGGUCACAGGUCAGAGGGUAUGAAGAAGAGGAGGAUAAAGUUGACAAUAAAAUGACAGAUGAACUAGCUCUUGGAAACCAUUCUGGGAAUACAGUUGAAAAAGCACCAUUUGAAGAGUUAUUACCAAGAGAGAAAAAAAUACUUAGAAGGAUCCCUUAUGUGAAAUUCUAUGGGAUGCGAGAAGAUGGUUUCUAUACAAUUCACAUAGUUGAUGGGUAUAUGGAUAAAGCAAAAAGUAUUAUUAAGAAGCAUAUACCUGGAUACAGGUUCAAUUUUGUUCCCUGGAGAAAAGAAGAACGAAUUCAGCUUUUAGGAUGCACAGGCACACCUCUCCAUAUCAGGGAAAAACACAACCCGACACCUGAGUUCAUAUUCAGUCAAUAUGGAACUCUUGGAGGACUCGCUUCAAAUACAAUAGAUCAAAAUGUGUAUGCACUUACAGCUAGCCAUGUCGUUACAGCAACAAGAAAUCCUUCACUGAGACAAGAGUUUAUAACUUGGUCAAAGGAGGAUCAAUCUGAUAUGUGUCCUAUAGGAAGAGAAGUUCCAUACCAGAUACCGCUCAUACUUGAUCCCAACGAUCCCUUGGACAGUAUUGUUCUUUCAGGUGAUGAUGACUAUGAUGACGGCGAUGAUGAUGAAGAACCCCAAUAUGACAUUGCUCUGAUCCAAAUUAGCGAUCAACAUCAAGACAUAAAGCAACAAUGUGAGCCUUGCUCUAAAUGCUGCACAAGAAAGCCAAAAAUUAAGGAACUUUUUGAAGCAAAAGUGACGAAGUUGGGAUCUAUUCCCAGUAAUACAAAUGGCAAAAUAGUAAGUUUAGCAUCAGGAGGUGAAAUUGAAACUGAUAACAAACGGGCAUGGUGUCCUAAUUUAGUUGUGAUUCGCUCCGAAACAGAUGAUGCUACCUUCAGUGAACCAGGAGAUAGUGGAACAAUAGUGCAAAUUCAAAAUGGUUCCACUCCGGGAGAUCACAGCCCAAGCUGCUACAUGAUAUUUGCGGGUUGGGGAGUAGAAAGCAGUUACAACACAUGGGGAUGCCCAGUUUCUCUUGCAUUUAACUUGAAUGAUGCCUUGGAUGAACUUAAAAAACAAAGUGGAGAUAAAAAGGAGUUCAAAUUGUCCUGCUGUAAAUCUACAAACCAAGAGGCAAUCGCAAACCAAAUAAAAAAUAAUAAUUCAAUAAAUCAAAAGAACGUGAAAGAAUAUGGAAAGCAACCAAAAACUCAUGAAGAAAUUGAUCAAUCGCUUGUAAAGAGCAUUGAAACAUGUAAGAUAUCAUAUCGCUCUCUUACAUCACGAAUGAAUGGAAAAAUCCAUCCCAAUACGUCAGAUUUAUAAAAAAUGAAAGUUUUUGAUUUUUUAAAUCUGUUUUUGAUUCCAACUCUCUGGAGUAGUAUAUCCCACCAAAAAACAAUGGCAGCCAUUUGAAUUGAGGGGCCAUAAUGAAAAUUCCUUCUCGAGCAGAG